AUGCCUUAUAAGGUGAUCUUCUCGUUGCGCGCGUUUCACGAUCAUGCCACAUCGCGCUUCACCUGCGUUAACGAACUACAUGGUAUUGGUAAAAUGCCUCGCAGCAAAUUGAACGUCAAAAGACCUCCUGUUAAUUCUACUGCAUUAGAAAAUGCUGUUAAGGCAGUUUUGGAUCCAGAAAAUAUAUCUUUAAGAGAAGCAUGUAAAAUAUUUGGUGUUAAGUUAACAACUUUGUCAAGACAUCUUUCUCGGUUUCGAAAAUCAGAGAGUCAAACUUUCGAAUAUAAACCAAGACUGGAUAACAAAAAAGUAUUCACUGAUUAUGAAGAGAAUUGUUUGCUCCUUUAUAUAAAAAAGGUGGCAAAAAUGAAUUAUGGCUUGACGAAAAAAAGUUUUCCCAUACUAACAGAAAGAAAAUCAUCAACGGACAUUGUAAACUUACUACCUGAAGACGUUGUACCUUACCCAAAAGCAAAACCAAGAAAAGCUACCAAUAAAGGAAGAAAGCGUGGCAAAACCAUGAUUGCAACAGACACUCCGGAAAAAGAACGGUUAAAAAAUGAAAAGAAAGUCUCCUUUAAACGUCGUAUAAAUAUAGAAGAAACAAAUGAACAAAAUAAAGACAAAUCAAAAAAAUUAAAAGUAAGGAGGCAGAAGAAGAAUCAGCAAAGGAAACAAGUUCAAUAUUCAUCUUCUGAAGAGGAGGACGAUAUAGUUCAUCUUGUAGAAACUGAUGAUGAGGACAGCAAUGACGAGGAGUGCCUUUUUUGCAAUGAAUCGUUCAAAAAUGACAUUCAUGGAGAGCAAUGGAUCCGAUGCAUGUCCUGCUUAGGAUGGGCCCACGAACUCUGUGCUGCAACUAAAGAAGGGAACCUGUACAUCUACACCUCCUUAAUAUCAAUGGAUAACCGCCGCCAAAUAUCGAGUAAUUUAAUCAGCGCCAGGGAGUCGCUGGCUGCUGGCAGCGACCAUAGAUAA